CUUUCUAUUGAUUUUCUGAAGAUAUUUACUUCUUUUCUCGUCUCGGAAUUUAUAGUCAUGUUUUAACAGAUAGAAAAACCUUUAGUCGGCUAACAAUGGCAACAGCUCUGCCAGCGCCUUCUCUCGCCUAUGCUUCUUGCUCCGGCAGUGGGCAGCUCAGAACCUGCUCCUGUGCUUCAAUUCCACCCUCCAAAUCCAGUUUGAAGCGCUUCAGUGUCAGGGCACUCAAAGAAAAAACAGAGGAAACUAAAACUCCGUCUUCCUCUCCUUCGGCUGAGGAAAUUACGAAGAAGUAUGGCCUUGAGGCUGGUCUCUGGAAGAUAUUCAGGUCGAAAGAGGAAGGAAGGGAAGGAGCUGAGGAAGGAAAAUCAAAGGGCAAUCAAGCCAAGGAACUGCUAGCAAAGUAUGGAGGAGCAUAUUUGGCCACCUCCAUUAUUCUCUCUCUGAUCUCUUUCUCGAUCUGCUAUGCACUAAUUAGCGCUGGAAUUGAUGUCCAAACUUUGCUGCAAAAGGUGGGGAUUUCGACUGAUGCGACUGGGGAGAAAGUUGGUACCUUGGCUUUGGCAUAUGCUGCACACAAGGCUGCAUCUCCAAUAAGAUUCCCUCCAACGGUGGCUCUGACUCCCAUUGUUGCCAGUUGGAUUGGAAAGAAAGUUGAGAAAGAGAAAUAGCCUCUUUUUGGUACAACCAAUAUUGUUUCACAUGUAACAUAUCAUGGGAUUUUUCUUACUUCCAACUCCUGAUUAUAAAGGCAAAUGAUCUUCACGAC